AUGAAAGGUUUGAUUGUUGUGGUAGGAGAAAUGGAAGGAAAACAAUUCGUAUAUCUUAUUGAUAAUACGAGCAGCCUUGAGAAGUUGAGCAACGAUAUUAUUCUCGAUCAAAUUGAUGGAAAAAGAAUGGAACCUAAAAGUGCUAAAUUUGCUACAAACGUAACAUUCAGAACAACAUUAGCGUAUCCAGCAACAGAGAAGGAUGUCAACAAGUAUUUUAAUGAGAACAAGUACAUCAAAGAAAGCCACGAAAACUAUUGUAAGCAGAAUAUUGUCACAGAUAUUCCUUGGAUUGAUCAAAUAUUUAUGAAUGAAGUCAAUACUAAAACUGGACCAAAUUAUUAUAUGGAUGCCAAUUUGGUGGUUACUACGGAUUACAAGUGGAAUGGAAACGUAGAUGAGUUAUAUCUGCUCUGUAUCUUCAAAGAUGAAAAAUACAAGUCACUACGUAAUUUGGACAAAUGCGACCUGAAUCUGCUGAAAUCAACACGAACCAAAAUUCACUCAAUUUUAAAGGAGACGUUUGGCCUAAGCAAAGAGGAUGCGGUACUCUUCUUCCACUACAGACCAUCGUACUACAAGCUACACAUUCACAUCGUAAACAUCAGCAAGUCAAAACUGUGUCUCUACAACUGUAGAAGAAAUGUCUAUUUGGACGAUGUCAUUCGCAAUAUCGAGAACUACGAUGAUUAUUAUAAGCAUGAUAUGCAUUUGAUAAGCAAUGCAUAA